AUGGUAAUUCAAAAAUUAAGAAGAUUGGCUUUAUAUUCUAUUUCUAUCAUGAUAUUCACUUUAAAUAUGAUUCCUUUUUUAUUAAUUAUUGAUUGCAUUGGAUUUGUUCUUAUUCAAUUCUAUUCAUUACCAUCUUCUUUUUUCAUAUCAUUUAUCACAGCAAAUUAUCUUCCAAAUUAUUACAGAGUCUCUAUGUUCAUUUUUGUUUUCAUUGGCUCAUUGUUAGUUGAUGUUUAUUCACUUUGGAAAGGACAUAGAUUAGAGUAUUGUUAUCUUAAUCUCCAUUCAUCAAAAAUAUCAAAGGAAUUCACAUUUGUUCAUAUCAGUGAUAUCCACAUUGGAAGUAGAUUUGGUUCUCAUUCUCAGGAGAUUGUCGAUAAAAUACUUCCUCUUCAUCCUGAUUUCGUUGUCAUCACAGGCGAUUUAACUGAUUCACCAAAUAUUCAAGCAGAAGAGUUAAUGCCAUUCAAAUCAUUGACAACACAAUGUCCAGUUUAUUUAUCAACUGGAAACCAUGAUUAUAUCACUGGCAUUGAAUAUCUUAAAUCUAUAUUAACAAGUUGUGGGAUUAUUUUAUUAGAAAACACAUCAGUAAUGGAAGAAGAACUUCAAUGUUCUAUCAUUGGAACUAAUGACACUCAAUCAGAAAAAGAGUAUAUCAAUGAAAUGAAUAAAGUUUCAAAUGAAGUUACUCCUCAUACAUUCAACAUUAUCUUACAACAUCGUCCUCAUGGAUAUCAACAAACAUGUGAAAAAGGAAUAUAUGAUUUAAUGUUGUCAGGACAUACUCAUGUAGGUCAAUUUGCACCAUUUAAUAUUCUUGUUUAUUUAUUCUUUAAAAAGGCACAUGGACUUUAUUCAAUUAAAUCAAAAGAUAACAAAUAUCAAAUGUAUCUCUACACACAUCCAGGUACUGGUGCAUGGGGACCUCAUAUGAGAAGUGCAGGAACAAAUGACAUUACAAUCUUUCAUAUUAAACCAUAA